ACUUUAAAAUCUCUCGUCUCUCUGCGACAGCAGUGGUACACGGAGAGGGAAGGAUAAACAGAGCCAUGGUUUCGCAGAAGCUCCAAAAGCGGCUAGCCGCAAGCGUGCUUAAGUGCGGGAAAGUGAUGCGGAAUAUGCUUACAUCAGAAGGGGAAGGUGUGGCUCGAUCCCAACGAAGUCAAUGAAAUUUCCAUGGCUAACUCCCGAUACCUAUCGAUGUCGUUCUUUUACAAAGUGUCUGUAUUUGUGUUAUUAGUGUCUGUCGUUUGGUGCCCUUUCUGAUUGAUGAUUUUGUUGGAUAAAGAGCUUAGUGAGCUCUUGUCGGCGACAUUUCCCACUUCCCAGUCAACGCCUCUCUCCCCCCAUUUCACUGACGAAGCCGGCACCGGCGACUUCUCCUUUCUCUCUUCAGUCGACUCUAAAUCUUCUCUCUUCCCAGUCAGCGAUAUCUCCUUCUCUCUCUAGUGUGGCGACAUCUCCCACUUUCCAGUCUGGAGACAACUCUUCCCUCUCCCCGUCGGCAUCGGCGACAUCUCCUUCUCUCUCCCCAGUCGGUGACAUCUACUCUUUCCAAUUGACGCUUCUCUCCCCCACUUCACUGACGACUGCCGGCGACAACUCCUUUAACUUGAACUCUCUUCAGGAACAAGUAGACCAAAACACCAAGUAAAAUGGAUACUGGCCUGAGUGGAGAUUCUAUGGAAAAGCUUAAGGGGGUAAGAAUUGCUCCUCUUGAUGAUGACGAUGACGAUUUUGAAGGACAAGAAAAUGAAGAAGUACAAGAACCAACUUUUGAAGAAGAAGAAGAUGAUGAUGACUAUGACGAAGAAGAAGAACCAGUAACCCUUGGUUUUGUUGAGAAGCCUAAGCACUUCUGGUCUCUUCUCCGCCAAUUAUUUCCUAGCAAAGCUGGUGGUGUACCGGCAUGGCUGGAUCCAGUUAAUUUACCAUCUGGAAGAUCCUGUGCUUGUGACACAUGUGGAAAUCCUCUGCAAUUUUUGCUUCAGGUAUAUGCACCAAUAUCAGAGAAGGAAUCAACAUUUCAUCGAACAUUAUUUGUAUUUAUGUGCCCCAAAAUGUCAUGUCUUCGUCGUGAUCAACAUGAACAAUGGAAGUGUAGGUCAAAGAACUCAUCUCGAAGAAGUGUGAAGGUCUUUCGUUGUCAAUUGCCUCACCUUAAUCCUUUUUACUCAAGUGAGGCCCCAAAACUCGAUGGAACUGACAUACCUUCUGGAUCUGGAGUUGCACUUUGUAAUUGGUGUGGUACCUGGAAAGGAGAUCAAUUUUGUAGUAGUUGCAAGAAAGCGUGUUACUGCUUGCAACAACAUCAGGCUAUGCACCGUAAAAUUAAUUGUCAGCAACUGAGUCUUUCUUCUCAAUUACAUAACUCUAGCUCCAGUGGUGGAGAAACCACUUCAAUGGAGAUAAUUAAAGCUACUAGCAAUGCUCUUUGGCCAGAGUACGAGAUACUAAAUGAGGAUGAAAGUGAAUUGGAUGCUGAAAUGUCUGAUGAUAAUGCAUAUGAUAAGUUGUUGAUAUCACGGAAGAGAACUGAUGACUCGAUGAUGUCAUUAGUAGACUGUUUCAAGGGGAAUAGCGACAGAAAAUGUUGGGCUUCUUUCCAAGAGCGUAUAGCCAAAGCCCCAGAACAAGUGUUGAGGUAUUGCAGGAAUGCCAAUGCAAGACCCCUUUGGCCCAUGUCUAGUGGCCGACCAUCCAAGGAUGAUAUUCCCAACUGCAGUUAUUGUGGCAGUCCUUCAGACUUUGAAUUUCAGAUCUUGCCCCAGUUGCUUUACUACUUCGGCGUGAAGAAUGACGAUGUAGAUUCCCUUGAUUGGGCAACUAUCGCUGUGUAUACGUGCAGAGCCUCUUGUGAGGCUAGUAUAGCAUACAAACAAGAGUUUGCAUGGGUUCAACUCUGACGACCUUUUGCUUCUGUAGUUAAUCCAAUAGAAUAGAUAUGGGAGAGAGUUUCAUCUACUGUUUUAUUAUU